GGUAUUACCCUGGCCGAAGGCACUGCUUUCUCUCCAUGCUUCUCUAGAGGGAUGGGAUUAAAGUCCACAUGGAGAUAUGGAAAUGGACCAGGAAUUUACUCUAAAAAGAUGGUCAGCUGGCAUUCGGGUUGCCUUAUCUGCCUGGUGGUGGUCACCAUGGCUGGACUUGCCCUGGCUCGACCUUCGUUUAAUUUAGUUGUUGAAGAUGCCACGCUGGAACCUGAAGAGCCGCCAACCAAAUACCAAAUCUCUCAGCCAGAUGUAUAUUCAGCACUUCCAGGAGAGCCGCUUGAGUUGCGCUGUCAAUUGAAAGACGCCGUCAUGAUCAGUUGGACUAAGGAUGGGGUCCCUUUGGGGCCCGACAAUAGGACAGUGAUUAUUGGGGAGUACUUACAAAUUAAGGAUGCUACACCCAGAGAUUCGGGCCUCUAUGCUUGCACUGCUGUUAGGACCCUAGACAGUGAUACUCUGUACUUCAUUGUAAAUGUAACAGAUGCUCUUUCCUCUGGAGACGAUGAAGAUGACAAUGAUGGGUCCGAGGACUUUGUGAAUGACAGCAACCAGAUGAGGGCACCGUAUUGGACACAUACGGACAAAAUGGAGAAAAGGCUACACGCGGUGCCAGCAGCAAACACUGUCAAGUUUCGUUGUCCAGCAAUGGGAAACCCAACACCGACCAUGCGAUGGCUGAAUAAAGAGUUUAAACAAGAGCAUCGUAUUGGCGGAUAUAAGGUCCGCAACCAGCACUGGAGUCUCAUCAUGGAGAGCGUGGUCCCGUCUGACAAAGGAAAUUACACGUGCAUCGUGGAAAACCAGUACGGAUCCAUCAAUCACACGUACCAUCUCGACGUUGUGGAGCGAUCACCGCACAGGCCCAUCCUCCAAGCUGGCCUUCCAGCAAAUGCCUCUGCAGUCGUCGGAGGUGAUGUUGAGUUUGUCUGCAAAGUCUACAGCGAUGCUCAGCCUCAUAUCCAGUGGAUAAAACAUGUCGAGAAGAAUGGCAGUAAAUACGGACCAGAUGGGCUGCCAUAUCUUCAGGUUUUAAAGCAUUCGGGGAUAAAUAGUUCCAAUGCUGAAGUGCUGACACUGUACAAUGUGACAGAGGCGGACGCUGGAGAAUAUAUUUGUAAGGUCUCCAAUUAUAUAGGGGAGGCCAACCAGUCUGCCUGGCUCUCUGUUCGGCCAAGUAUACAAGCUCCUGAAAAAGAGAAAGAGUAUCCGACAUCACCAGACUACCUGGAAAUAGCAAUUUACUGCAUAGGGGUCUUCUUAAUCGCCUGCAUGGUGCUGACGGUCAUCCUGUGUCGCAUGAAGAACACCACCAAGAAGCCCGAUUUCAGCAGCCAGCCCGCUGUCCAUAAGCUGACAAAGCGAAUCCCUCUGCGCAGACAGGUGUCAGCCGACUCGAGCUCCUCCAUGAAUUCCAACACGCCGCUGGUGAGGAUAACUACUCGCCUCUCCUCUACUGCCGAUGCGCCCAUGCUGGCAGGAGUCUCGGAAUAUGAAUUGCCAGAAGACCCAAAAUGGGAGUUUCCGAGAGAUAAGCUGACGCUGGGUAAACCCCUGGGAGAAGGUUGCUUUGGACAAGUCGUCAUGGCCGAAGCGGUGGGGAUUGACAAAGACAGGCCAAAAGAAGCGGUGACUGUGGCAGUGAAGAUGUUGAAAGAUGAUGCUACAGAAAAAGAUCUGUCUGAUCUGGUAUCAGAGAUGGAGAUGAUGAAGAUGAUUGGGAAACAUAAAAAUAUCAUCAAUCUCCUUGGAGCCUGUACCCAGGAUGGUCCAUUGUACGUGAUAGUAGAAUACGCUUCCAAAGGAAACCUACGGGAGUACCUGCGAGCCCGCCGCCCCCCAGGGAUGGAGUAUUCGUUUGAUAUUAACAGAGUACCAGAAGAGCAGAUGACAUUCAAGGACUUAGUGUCGUGCACAUACCAGUUGGCGAGAGGCAUGGAGUACCUGGCUUCGCAAAAA